CGAAGCGGCAGACAGAGACAAGACACAGAUAAUCUGCUGUAAAAAGAAGACUAGAUAUAUGAUGGGGAUCCCUUGGAACUUCCUCCAAAAUUCCAAAUUUAAGACCAGAGAAUUAGUCCAGAGCAUCACCGUGGUGAUUGUGCUUCAGGCUACGGAGUUGCUGACAGAGGUACAUUUCACCUGCCAGUGUAACAGCUGGAGUACCGUGUUUGUCUGGCUGUACUUCGCCAUGCCAGCUGUUGGAUUCAGCACAUUUGUCUGGUCCCUUCAGCAGAGGAAAAUCUUCAGGACAAAAUCCUGUGGCGAAGAUUGCACCUGCAUCAAAUGUUGCACAGCAGGACAGAUGUGCAAAUGUAUUCUGUCCUGCUGGAAGAUGCUGUACCCAGGUCUGUGCUGGAUCGUGAUUCUUCUGAUCGAUGGAAAGUACGCAGCCUGUGCACUGUACAGAGGAUGCCAGGAAGACAGCAGUACAGAGCUCACUGUGAAAGAUCUGGCGUACAACAUUCUCAUAUCCAAGACAAUUGGAUUUGUUGUGCUUGCUGCAAUUGUGCUGUCAUAUCUCAUCUACCUGCUCUUGGGUUCCUGCUGCCAAUCACAUGAGGGUCGGUAUGAGAAGAUAUACAGGGCGCAGCUGAAGAAAGACAGAGAGAAGUUGGCAAUGCAGUACAUAAAGAAGUGCUCGGAGAAGAGAGCAGCUCGGUACGAGAGAGAGGUGGAGGAGGAGACUAAGGACAUACUGGCAGGUGGGGGUGAGGCCCUUCCUGGAGGGAGCAGCUCAGAGCGUGGAGACCAGAGUGUGCCUGUACCGCAGCCUGCAGGUGGAGGUGCAGGUGGAGCACAUAUUGCAUUAGCUCCAGAAAACGUUUUGAAAAUCAUAGGAACGGCAUGUAAUUUAGAAAUAAAGAAAAAAUGAGAAAAAGAAAGUGAAACGAGAAAUCAACGCCAGGUCUGCACCGCGUUUCCUGUUGACUCAAUUCCUGUUAUGGUUCCCCACGUUGUCUCCAGGUGAAGCACAGCUAAAACAGUGCAUUAUGAAAACCUGCAUGGUAAAA